CGCCCCAUGAUGUUCCCACCAGCUGACAGACGGUGAAAGCCUCUGCCAGAGCUGUCGGUGGAGUAUCCACUCGUCGGUAGCCCGAGCGGACUGGAAAUCCAAGUCGAGCAUCGCCGGAGUGGACCGCCUCGCAGCCUGGGCUGCCGUCGAGCACCUCGCUUGGUUCAACGAAAACCAAAACAGCGUCCAGUUUUCAUCCCGACUUUCCCAGACUGGGAGCUGGGGGGGGGGGGACGUUCGGUGUCAGCUAACUUCCACAAUAGGUCGCUGCGUCGCCGGACGGCUGCAUAUGUCUCAUUUGAGCCCAACGGUUUGACUCCAGCCCUUCCAGCCGUGCCCAAUGCUGAGGAAUGGAUAGUGUGUCCGUUAAAGGUGGGAAGAUGGUCGAGAGUGAUGAUCAGCCGGAGAGGGAUAGUGGCGGUGGCGCAGCGAUGGCCGCACUACAUCAAUGCGAGCUCAUCCAGAAUAUGAUUGAUAUCUCCAUCUCCAGUUUACAGGGGCUACGGACCAAAUGCGCCGCGUCCAACGACCUCACGCAGCAAGAAAUACGCACUUUAGAGGUGAAGCUGAUGAAAUACAUCUGUAAACAGCUGCAGUGCAAGCAGAAAGUGCCAGAGACAGAGAAGCCCGAGGCCCUGGACAGCUACCCACACCUACGAGAUUGGCUACGCACCAUCAACCUGCGACCGGAGCUCAUUGGGGCAGUGGAAUCGAAGCUGUCCCUGGAUGCAUUGCUGCAGAUGACAGGUGCUCAGGUGAGGGAUACAAUGCGAAGACUAGGGUCCAGUUCGGAAGAAUGUGCCAGACUCAGUGCUGCCCUCUCCUGUCUGAGGAGUGCCACUGAAUCAGGAGGUGAACUGAGGGAAGAUGGAAGUCUGUGGCUGUCUGAGCCCGCCAGGAGGGACAGCGGUUCUCUACUGACUGCAGACCAGCUAACCGGCCUGGGGACUCCACUUCGCCCUCACAGUCCCUCACCUCUAGCCCGCCCAUCCACCAUCCACUCCACCCCAUCCACACCCUGUGCUACCCUCCCUCAUCCCCGCUCAGGCUCGGUGUCAACGGUACCCACACCUGAGGCGCUGGCAUCCCACGUCCACAGUGAAAGCCCCCUUACAGAUCCGUUCCCCAUGUCCUUAGCUCGUGCAGCUCGGCUUCACGGACACACUUCCACCCCACCCAUAACUCCACCGUCAAAGAGGCGUCACCGACUAAAGCCGCCCUGCACUCCUCCGCCUCCUUCCCGUAAAGUGCUGCAUCUACUUCCCAACAUCACCCUGACGCGCAGCAAAAGCCACGAGUCCCAGCUGGGCAACCGCAUUGAAGACCCUCCAACCAACAAAUGUGUUAGAAAGAAUAAGUUAUUUCUCAAUAUGCAAGUCAACGGGAAUGGAUGUGAGGACUUGCCCUCUCGCUACCCCACCAUGUCUGCGCGUACCCCUGGAGUGACCCCAGCUGCCACCACAGCAACUUACACCCUGCCCGGCACGCCCACCCUAAUGGAAGAGCACAGCACCCUUAAGAAUAACGUAGCAGUGCAUCGCAGCUCCCCACAAGCAGUGAGGAGGGACAUAGGCCUAGCAGUCACACACAGGUUUUCAACCAAGUCCUGGCUGUCCCAGACCUGUCAGGUUUGCCAGAAGAACAUGAUGUUUGGGGUUAAGUGCAAACACUGUCGGUUAAAGUGCCACAACAAGUGCACAAAGGAAGCUCCAUCCUGCAGAAUCUCCUUUCUACCAAUUGCCAAAAUUCGGAGGACUGAGUCUGUUCCAUCUGAUAUAAACAACCCUGUGGACCGGCCGCCAGAAGCACCGCAGUUUGGCACACUACCUAAGGCCAUUACGAAAAAGGACCAUCCUCCAGUGCUGAACCAGCUGGACUCCAGCAGCAAUCCGUCCUCCACCACUUCGUCCACACCUUCCUCCCCGGCACCCUUCCAGCAGAGCAACCCCCCCAGCGCCACUCCGCCGCCCAACCCCUCGCCCAAGGGUCACCGGGACAGUCGCUUCAACUUCCCAGCUGCCUGUUACUUUCAGCAUAGACAGCAGUUUAUCUUCCCUGAUGUCUCCAGUCCGGCUAAUUUGCACUCUGAUGUCCUACAAGACACUGUCAGUGAGAUAGAGCAAUCAGCGGAUGACAUACAUGCUGAGCUGGUAGAGGACGAAGACGAAGAGGAAGGGGAGGAGGAAAUUGAGGUUGAAGAUGAAGACCCAGAAGCAGUGGAGGAGAAUGAGGAAGAAGAGGAGGAGAAUGAAGAUGAAGGAGAAGACGAGGAUGACGGGGAGGAGAUAAGGAUGAACGUGGGCUCAGACGGGGAGUUGGAUGGCGAUGAGCUGGAUGAUCUGCCCAGCUCUCGGGGGAACCAGUGGAAGGGCCCCAUCUCCCGCAAGGCGAGUCAGACCAGUGUCUACCUUCAGGAGUGGGACAUCCCUUUUGAGCAGCUGGACCUCGGAGAACUCAUAGGAAAGGGCCGCUGGGGCAAAGUGCAUAAGGGUCGGUGGCAUGGCGAGGUAGCUAUCCGACUUCUUGAGAUCGAUGGGAACAAUCAGGACCAUCUGAAGCUCUUCAAAAAGGAGGUGAUGAACUACAGACAGACCAGGCAUGAGAAUGUGGUCCUCUUCAUGGGGGCCUGCAUGGCUCCACCCCACCUGGCCAUCAUCACCAGUUUCUGUAAAGGGAGGACACUGUAUUCAGUUGUUAGAGACACUAAAAACACUUUGGAUAUUAAUAAGACAAGACAAAUCGCUCAGGAGAUUGUAAAGGGAAUGGGCUAUCUGCACGCUAAAGGCAUUGUUCACAAAGAUUUGAAGUCAAAGAACGUUUUUCAUGAUACCAAUAAAGUCGUGAUCACAGACUUCGGGCUGUUUGGGAUCUCUGGAGUUGUUCAGGAGGGGAGGCGUGAGAAUAAACUAAAACUUCCACAUGGCUGGAUUUGUUAUCUCGCACCAGAGAUUGUGCGCAGAAUGAGCCCAGGUAACAAUGAGGACCGCCUUCCGUUCUCCAACGCAGCGGACGUGUACGCCUUUGGCACCAUUUGGUAUGAGCUUCAAGCUAGGGACUGGCCAAUCACCAACCAGCAUGUGGAAGCUACCAUCUGGCAGGUUGGGAGCGGAGAGGGCAUAAAGAAGGUCUUGGCCGAGAUCAGCCUGGGCAAGGAGGUCACUGAGAUCCUCUCUGCCUGCUGGGCGUACGACCUGAGAGAGAGGCCGACCUUCACCCAGCUGGCCGACAUGCUGGAGAAGCUGCCCAAACUCAACCGCAGGCUGUCCCACCCAGGACACUUCUGGAAGUCUGCAGAGUUGUAGCAGUCACUCUGAAACAUAAGCAAUGCAAAACAAAGCCUGGGUCUGCCUUGCAUGCUCCUGAAUCCUUAACUCUUACAGGAUUGAUCAAAGCAUUGCCUCUGCCUGAAACAGACACAGCUUCCACUAAUCCACAGUCUGAUCUUCCAUGUCUAACCGUUGCGUUUUCUUGUUGGGAAGAGAGGAUCAGUGGACUGAGGUGCCGCGUGGGGACAACCACCGUCGUCCUCCGCGCUUCCCCCCCUUUGGCCUAAUAUCUCUUUGCCUUCCUAUUUGGUUUUGUUCUGUGAUGUUGUUCGGGACUCUGAGGCUUGUGAAUAACUGGCUUGUGGUGUCUGUGCUGAGACUGACUGGUGUGCUGUGGUCUGUGCCUGCUGAUGGCUGCCCUGUCCUCGGCCUGCUCACCUUCUCUGUGCUGCUGUGACGUGGUUGUUCUCGCCGGGGGCCCUGACCACACGGUUCUUUUUCUCUCUUCAUACACACACACACACACACACACACACUCGCGCACACAAACAAACAAACACCCUGCUGGACAUAAAAUGAACCCUACUACCAAAUGGACCACUUCAUUUAUCUCUGUUUUCCCUGAGGGGUUGACACACAUUUGACAGGCUGCUUGAGUGAUGUUCUCAGACCAACUGCCUCUCUGCUCCUCGCCCUCAGUUUUUUAAUGGUUGUAUGAUGGCAUGUGCUGAGAUUUUCACCUGCCCAUGUCUAGACACAAUAUGCACUUUGUCAACAGGAGAAAAAUAAUCAUGAACUCUUUUUUUUGUUGUUUAGUUUGGUUUUGAAUAGUCAUAUUUGCAGUGUUUUCUUUGAUUCUUCAGGAGGGUCUCAGAGGCUCAGACAGUGUGAUAUGCUCACUUGUAUGCUGUCUUUUUGAAGUAUAACCUGUUAAAUUUACUGUUUAUUGGAUGCAGUUGACAACAGGGCACUGAUGAAGACUUCUGUAUGCUAAACGACAGUUGAAAUGAAAAGAAACAGGUGAAAUAUUCCCUUCAUCAUUCACAAUCCACAGGGGAAUAGAACAAUGCUGGCUAUUUAUGAUUAAAGACUUUGUAAUAAUAGUGUCCAUCAGUUGAAGUGUAAAGUGCACUUUAUAAGAAUAUGAGUUCAUUAGAAAGCUCCUUCUUUCAAGAAGUUGAGUGAUUUCAUUAUCUGCGCAAAAAAAAAAAAAAAAAAAUCAGGAACCUGGCGCAAAAGUGUCCUAUAUCUUCCUAAUACAUUACCUCUUGUGCGUGCUUGUGCAUACUGUUUGUGAUUGCAGGCUUCAGUUGGUGUGCUUGUAUUUAUGUGUUGUGUGUGGGUGCACGUGCGACUGAGCGAGCGUACUGUGUUGGAAUACGUAGGGUUGGUUUUCGUAAAAGAUUGCAGUAAAUGUUGUGUUGUAAAUCCAAUGGUAUGUAAUGUAUAUACAUUAUUUAAUGUAUAGCAAAUUAACAUGAUUCUUCUAAUAUUUGUAUAAACAUUUUAUAUGUAAACUACAUCACAACAUUUUUGAAUAGGUACUGCUAUGGCUUUACAGAUGUGUAUAUAUAUUUAUAUUUUUUUCAUGUAUAAAAUACUGUAUAAAAGCUGUACAAUUUUUAGAAUGGGCCAAUACAUCUUUUUUUAUGUUACUGUAAAAAUUCAUAUUUUUGUAUUGCAUGUGACUACCAUUCUGUACACGCAGUUUCUGUUUUCAUCCAUGGAAGACAAUAAA